GAGAAAGUGUGUGAGGCGGAGUGUGUCUCGGGGAAAGUAAGAAGAUGAGAGCAUGGAUUUUGGUCCUGGAAGGUUCACCCGGAGUGGAUUGUGGAGUUUUUCUACGCUGAGCGUUGGGUCUGGACCCGGCGCUGAUGAUGCGGAGCAGUGGAAGUUGUUUUGUUGAAGAACUUUGAGCGUUUUGCCUCAUGUGACCGAGGGGGAUCGGUCAGCGGAGAGAUGUCCUGAAGAAAGAAAAUCCUCAACAAACCUGUGUUGAACCUGAAACGUCGAGCUGUUUCAUUUUCCUGUCAGCCAUGGACUCCCAGGGGAGUCCGUACCUCAAUAAGGGGGCUCUCUGCUCCACCCUGGGCGGCGCCAGGAUCUGCCAGUUAGCUAUGGGCUGUGCUGUGAUCGCAAUGGUGACCCACAGUGCCGGGUACAGCGGGUCGCAAGGCGUGUUCUGCAUGGCGGCCUGGUGCUGCUGCUUCGCCGUGUCGGCGGCCGUCUUCUUCCUGGACGCCACCCGUCUCUACAGCUGCCUCCGGGUGUCCUGGGACAACCUGACGGUCACCUGGGCUGCCUGCGCUACGCUCAUGUAUGUGACAGCCUCCGUGGUUUACCCGCUGUUCUUCCUCAGGACCGAGUGCCCGUACGAAGGCUGUGAAGUCCGAGAUUUCCGCAUCGCCGUCACCGUCUGCUCCAUCCUGGGAACUCUGGCCUACGGAGCCGAAGUGGCCCUGUGCCGGGCCAGACCGGGCCAGAUCGUGGUGGGCUACAUGGCUACCGUCCCCGGCCUUCUGAAAGUGGUGCAGGCCUUCGUCGCCUGCAUCAUCUUCGGCGCUCUGGCCAACGGGAGCCAGUUCUCGCGUUACGCCGCCACAAUCUACUGUGUGGUCGUCUACGCCUCCUGCUUUGCUCUCACCGCCCUGGUGGUCAUGAUGACCGUCUGUAAACGCACCAAAACGGUCGUGAACGCCACAUCAUCUGUCAGGAUGAGCGUUGGAUUCAUUGGAGCAGGCCAGCUGGCUCAUGCACUUGUGAAAGGUUUCACUGCUGCAGGUGUGAUCGCAGCCCACAGGAUCACAGCCAGCUCCCCAGACACAGACCUGCCCACAGUGACAGGGCUGAGGAAAAUGGGGGUGAAUCUGACCACGAGCAACAAAGAAACGGUCAACAGAAGCGACGUUCUGUUUCUGGCUGUGAAGCCCCACAUCAUCCCCUUCGUCCUGGACGAGAUCGGACCGGACAUCGAAGACCGCCAUCUCAUCGUCUCCUGUGCUGCAGGCGUUACCAUCAGCUCCAUAGAGAAAAAGCUGCUGCAGCACCGUUCGGCUCCCAGAGUCAUGAGGUGCAUGACCAACACUCCUGUCGUGGUGCGAGAGGGCGCCACCGUGUACGCCACGGGAACACAUGCAGAGGUGGAGGAUGGGAAGCUGCUGGAGCAGCUGAUGGCCAGUGUUGGGUUCUGCACAGAGGUGGAGGAGGACCUGGUUGAUGCCGUGACUGGACUGAGUGGCAGUGGACCCGCCUACGCCUUCACAGCCCUGGACGCUCUUGCAGAUGGAGGAGUGAAGAUGGGUCUGCCCAGGAGGCUCGCGGUCAGACUCGGAGCUCAGGCUCUCUUGGGAGCAGCCAAGAUGCUGCUGGACUCUGAGCAGCACCCCGGCCAGCUGAAAGACAACGUCUGCUCACCAGGGGGCGCCACCAUCCACGCCCUGCACUUCUUGGAGAGCGGUGGCUUCAGAAGCCUCCUGAUCAACGCGGUGGAGGCUUCAUGCAUCAGGACCAGGGAGCUGCAGUUCCUUGCGGACCAAGAGCGCAUCUCUCCAGCAGCCAUUAAGAAAACCACCCUGGACAAAGUGUUGCAGCAACCCGGAGUUGCAGUCGGCGGAGACGCCGGCGGGAACGGCCGGUCGGGCCUCAACCUCUUCAACAGCCGCACGUCUGGGAUCAAAAAGAAGAACUAAGAGCAUAGAGAUGCCGAAAGACAGACAUGCUGCAGGUUCACGUCUAAACAUGCAGACUCACAACGGGUCUCCAAACCCCGUCCAACCGUAGGAUUAAACAGUGGACACAGGACUGCUUUGAAAUCACCAACAAAUCAAUUUCCGGUGUUAUUUAUUCAUACGAGAGUCGGAAACACAUACAUUUCACACAGGCACAGGAGUAUUCUGCACAGCUGGCGCCUCCUACUGUGAUUAUACAUGAACACAAGUCCAGUUAGAGAAACCAGAAGAAUCAAAGGUGCUACUCAGCUGUCUUACAGCCUUAAACCUCCAUCAUGUUCCACAUUAUCUUCAGAUUUUUACUUUUGGCAUAAAGUUAACAAAGACUGAACACAUUUUGACCAUCCAAUGAUAUGUCAGGGAUUUUGUCCCCUGUAGAAUAAAAAAACAAACAAAAUGUUUUUUUCUGUCAUGUAACAAUAAUUUUGUCAUCCUAUGAUUUCUCUGAAAGCCCAAAGAGAAUUUUUACAUUUUCUUUUCAGCAAAUGUGAUGUAAUUACCUAUAAGUGCUACAAUAAAGCUUAAAUAAGGUAAAUUAAAAA